AUGGCCGACCAGGAGCAGCGCUAUCUCUCCGUGCUCAAGGCUCAAUACGACUACGACCCCCAGUCCGAAGACGAGGUCGCCAUCAAGGAGGACCAGCUGCUCUUCCUGCUCGACAAGACCGACGACGACUGGUGGAAGGUUCAGGUCAAGACAGCCUCCGCCGACGACGAUGGCCCGUCCGGAUUGGUGCCUGCUGCAUAUGUCGAGCCGGCACAGCACAUAUCUAAAGUCAAGGCACUAUAUGACUACGAGGCAGCAGCGGCUGGCGAGCUGUCUAUCAAGGAAGAUGAGAUCCUGCUAGUAUACGACAAGGAGGAAGACUGGAUCCUCGUUGCCGCGGAAGACGCCACGAAUGGUCGGAUCGGCUUCGUCCCCGCCAACUAUGUUGAAGAACUCGACGAUGCUGCGGAUACCACGCCCCCCGCAUCCGCGCCUCAGCACGUUGUCAUUCCCGAGAGCCCUCCGUCAAACUACGUUGACCCUGCAGAACGCGUGGCUGCGGCUCGCAGCGCCGCGCAGCCUGACCAUGUCCAAACAUGGCCUGUAUCCGAAGUCGACAAGAAAGGCAAGAAGAAGAAGGGGACGUUAGGCGUGGGGAACGGCUCACUAUUCUUCGCAAGCGAAUCAGACAAGACACCCGUGCAGAAAUGGCCAACGGCGGACGUUGUCAAUGUCAACAUUGAGAAGAGCAAACACGUCCUCAUCGCCUUUGGAGGUGCCUCGCCCGUCGAGCUGCAAUUCAACGCCGGUUCCGCCGGAGCCGCGCAAGAGAUACUGAUCAAGAUCGAGGCGUCGCGCUCUGCAUCUACGCCCGCUCCCGCUCCGGCGCCUGCACCGGCGCCUGCACCGGCACCUGCACCCUCUCCUGUUCGCGUGGCGUCCCCACCAGCAGAAGAAGCUGCCAGCAAGCCGUCCGUCCACUUUGCCACAACUCCUCCACAGAUGAUUCCACCUCGAGAGCCUUCGGAAGCUGGUUCCUACGAGGAGCCCGGUGCAGCGAGCGAAGCCGAUGGCGAGUCAGCGGUGGUGUUGUACGAUUUCUCGGCGGACGGCGAGGAUGAAUUGAGCGUGCGCGAGGGUGAACACCUCCUCAUAAUCGAGAAGGAUAGUGACGAGUGGUGGAAAUGCCGCAACUCGUCGGGUGCGGAGGGCGUCGUCCCUGCACAGUAUCUUGAGCUGGAGGCUGGAGAGUCCCACCUAAAUGCCGCAGUGGACGAGACCGAUGAAGACGACACAGCAGCCCGGGAAGCUGCUGAGCGUGCCGAAGCGCAGCGCAGAGAAAGAGAGAGGCAAGAGCGCGAGCGGGUGGAACGCGAGAGGGCCGAGAAGGAGCGCCAGAGGCGUGAGGCGGAGCAGCGCGCAAAGGAUGAGGCGGCGACCGCCGUCGCCGAGGCGGAGCGUGAAAUCGAACGCAAGCGGAAGGAGAAGGAGAGACGCGAGCUCGAACGCGAGCGGGCGCAAGCGGCGGCAAGAGAGAUGGAAGAGGCGCGUCGGAAAGAGGAGCAAAAGCGUAAAGCGGAGGAGAAAAACAAGCGGUCGGAUGACCGCCCAAGAGAGUCCACGUCCUCCAGCUCAAGCCGAGUCAAAGAUGGCAAACGCGGCCCUCCGGCGGAUCGCGUACGAGUAUGGCACGACCGUAGCGGAACCUUUCGAGUCGACGCUGCCUUUCUUGGGUACAGCAAUGGCAAGCUGCGACUUCACAAGACGAAUGGCGUUAUCAUCGAGGUACCCUCCGAGAAGAUGUCGAUUGACGACAUGAAGUUCGUGGAGCAUAUCAUGAAGAAGAGUUCCUCCGGCUCCUCGUCUCGUUCACCCGCUGAAGACGAUGACGUGCCUCUCGCCGUCACUAAGAAACGGCAGUCCCAGCCGCAGUCGCCUGCUGCCACGUCGGCGGCGACGCGAAAUAUACCUGCCAAGAAAACGGGACCGCAGAUUGACUGGUUCGAAUUCUUCCUCAACGCGGGUUGCGACGUCGACGAUUGUGGGCGGUAUGCCUCGGCAUUCGAACGAGAUAAGAUCGACGACACCAUUCUCGCUGACAUCGGAGAGGGCACAAUGCGAUCUCUGGGACUGCGGGAAGGUGAUAUCAUCAGAGUUAAGAAGGCGAUCGAGGCUAGGAAUCCUGUCCCUAAGGACGUCAAGUCGCAUCAGGCCAAGGAGGAACAGAUUCGCCGAGACGAGGAAUUGGCGAGACAACUCCAAGCCGAAGUCAACGGUCGCACGACCAGUCCGGCGCCGAAUCUCUUCGCUGGCCCCGGUGGCGCAUUGAAGAAUCAGCGCCGCGGGCGACCACAGCCGAGCAAGAGCCUCCCUCCUCCAAGCGUAGAUCCCAGCGCACUGAGUAACUCUUCGGAGCAAAUAUCACGGACAAGCACCCCUUUGGUGGCCAGUCCGACGUCCACGACGCCCGCGGCACCUCAGCGCUCCAGCUCGGCAGCACCUGCCUCGAGUGGGUUCGACGAUGAUGCAUGGACUCCCAGGCCGAGUUCAACAAAACCUGUUGCGCCAACGCCUCCCGCGGCGGCGCAGGAGCCGCCUUCGGCCCCAGUUGCACCAACUCCCCCACCUCCCCCACCCGUCCAAACGGUCGCUGCUACUGUUGCAGCUCCCGCACCGGCACCUGCUGCCCCGCAAGUGGCUCCCCCUGCCGUCGCUUCCCCGCCUGCGAAUCCAUCUACUGGAAACGGUUUGGCCAAGACAAAUGAUGACAUAUUCGAUCAGCUCGCCCGGUUAAGCCAACUCCGCAACCAGAGCCCGGCUGUGGUUUCAUCGCCUCCCGUUCAGGCGCCGUCUCCCAUGGCCUCUCAGCCACCACCCGUCAGCUUCCAGAAUGGUUUAGGUAUGGGUUCGUCGCCGGUGCCUAUGGGGCAACAUUUGCAGAAUCAGCAGACUGGCAUGUUAUCCCCUGCACCCCAGAAUGGUCCGCGUGGACCUUAUGCGCCCGUUCCCUCCAACCAAGGUUUACUGCAGCCGCUCGUCCCGACCUCGGGCAGUUACACUGGCUUCGUGCCCACGCGCCCAUCGAGCCAGCCACCAGCUUUCCAGAACCAACAACAACCCUCUUUCGUUCAGUCGCAACCGACGGGCUUCCCCAUGACUCAACCCAUACAAUCUCAACCGACAGGUUUCCCUAUGAAUCAACCGGUCCUCUCUCAGCCGACGGGAUAUCUGAACUUCGGGCCUGUCAUGUCACAGCCUACCGGCUUCGGUGCGGGGCCUUUUAACUCUCAAGGCUCUCUCAUAAGCCAGCCAACCGGUCUUCCCAACGGAGGAUUCGGCUCGCAAUCCGCGUUCCAGAGCGGAUCAGGCUUCGGGCAGGUUCAAUCCAAUCCGACUGGGUUCAACCCCGGCUUUGGGCAAUUUAAUGGCGGUGUAGCAUCACCGCCGCCUGUCCCGCCUCUGCCGUCUUCAGCAUCCAAGGAUGUCUCGCCGGCCAACGUCUUCGCUCAGAUGAAGGCAGGGACAUUCGAGGGCGCUGAUGCAUCUCCACAGAAUGCAGACAGAUACAGUGCUCUAAGACCAAGCUCCACCCCUUUGACCCAACAAGCCACUGGCUGGGGUUACCAGAACACAGGCUUUCAAGGAGGUUUCAACGGAUACGGCUAA